AUGCAAGAAAUAAGACAAGAAAUGGGGGGCUUCAGAAGUGAGUUAUCUACUCUGUUUCAAGAAAUAAAAGUUUUGAGCAAAAAUAAUCAAAACAGUGGUCCACAAGAUGAAAACAAGUGGAGAAAUGACCAAAAUGACCAAUCAAAUAGUAGGAGUGGGCAAAAUAAUAAUAGACAGGGAAACUACAAUAAUAGACAGGGAAAUUAUAAUAAUAGACAGGGAAAUCACAAGAAUAGACAGGGAAAUUACAAUAAUAGACAGGAUAAUUUCCAGAAUAAUCAUGAUAAUAGAAGUACUUUCAAUGAUAACAGGGGAAAUAAUUUUUCAUCAGAAAAUCAAAGAAAUGAAAAUAAUCAGGGAAACUCCAGUCUGUCGAGCUCAUGA